UCUAUGAGUUUCCCGCCUAUUACAAUUUACAACCUACCUUUAACUACUGGUAUCUGGAAAGUAGACGGAAAUGGUAGGCAUCUCAGCCGGACGUUUUAGAGUGCAACAGAAGCAACCCGUUUCCAUUGCUAAAUUGGUGGAGGAAUCUUCAAGCUCCGAACAGGCUGAAUCCUGGUACGCAUUGAUUAUCAGAUGUGUCCGGCUGACAAUGUUAGCGCAGAAGAAGCAGCAUGUUUCUGAUGCAAAACUGCCUCAUAAAUUUUCAGCUCCCAAACAGCUUGAAUCGUUAUACGGGCUGAUGAUCAAACUUGGCUUAACCAAAGACUGCUUCCUGAUGAACCGAUUCAUCUCUGCGUCUGCUGUUCACGAUACUGAUUUCGCCAUCCGCGCCUUUUCUCAAAUGGAGAAUCGCAAUGUGUUCGUUUACACGUCAUUAAUGCGAGCAUUUGUUCAUUGCAAUCGGCCACUUAGAGCUAUGGAGUUGUAUGCUGAGAUGUUGACAGCUCAAAUUAGGCCAAACAGCUAUGCCUUCUCGUCGAUUGUUAAAAGUUGCACUUUACUUUGUGCUUUUAAGACUGGAGAAACAGUUCAUGGGCAGGUUUGGAAACAUGGGUUCGGAUCACAUGUUCAUGUUUUGACUUGUUUGGUGGAUUUCUAUUCCAAUCUUGGCAAAGUGAUUGAAUCCAGAUUAGUGUUUGAUGAAAUUCCUGAAAGAGAAAGAGACAGUGUUUCUUGGAUUGCAAUGGUUUCAGCCCUUGUCCGUGAGGGGGAUUUGGGUUCUGCAAGGGAGGUAUUUGAUAAAAUGCCGGAGAAAAUUACUGCUUCUUGGAAUACCAUGAUUCAUGGUUACGCUAGUGUUGGGGAUGUGGAGUCUGCUGAGCUGUUUUUCAAUCAGAUGCCAGAGAGGGAUCUAAUUUCAUGGACUACAAUGAUCAAGUGUUAUAGUCAGAACAAGCGGUACAGGGAUGCUUUAGAAGUUUUUGGGGAUAUGAAAAACAAUGGGAUUACACCCGAUGAAGUGACGAUGACAACUAUUAUUUCAGCUUGUGCCCAUAUCGGGGUGCUGGAUUAUGGAAAGGAAAUGCAUCUUUACGUGAUGCAAAAUGGGUUUGAUCUUGAUGUCUAUAUUGGGUCUGCACUGGUCGACAUGUAUGCAAAGUGUGGGAGCUUGGAGAAGUCACUCGUGGUGUUCUUCAAACUGCAGGAGAAGAAUCUUUUUUGUUGGAAUUCUGUGAUUGAUGGGCUUGCAGUUCAUGGUUAUGCAGAGGAAGCACUGGCAAUGUUUAGCAGGAUGGAGAAAGAAAAGAUUAGGCCCAAUGGUGUUACCUUUGUAAGUGUCCUUGCAGCUUGUUCUCAUGCAGGAUUGGUUGAAGAGGGUCGAACGAGGUUCUUGGACAUGAUCCAUCGCUAUGAAAUUCUUCCUGAAAUGAAACACUACGGUUGCAUGGUGGAUCUAUUAUGCAAGGCUGGUUUGUUGGAGGAGACAUUAGAAGUAAUAAAAAGAAUGAGAGUAGAACCAAAUGCCGUUGUUUGGGGUGCUUUACUGGGUGGUUGUAGACUUCAUAAGAACUUGGACAUUGCCCAAGUUGCCCUAGACAAUUUGGCUAUCUUAGAGCCAAAUAAUACUGGAUAUUACACCCUUUUACUUAAUAUGUAUGCUGAAGCAAAUAGAUGGAGUGAAGUAUCAAGGAUCAGGGCUACUUUGAAAACAUCUGGUGUUGAAAAGGAGUGUCCGGGAUCUAGCUGGAUUGAAUUGGAAAAGGCGAUCCACCAAUUUUCUGCCUGCGAUAAUUAUCAUCCAGCAUCGCAUGAAAUUUACUCCUUACUAGAUGGAUUGUUUGGCCAACUUAAGCGAGCUGAAUGUGUACCCGAGGCUGGAUUCAUUUUGUAAUGAAUUACCGACAAUCUGACUGAUAUGAGGUCAAGCGAUUGUUUGCUGAUAGAGAUAUCGGUUGUGUCAUGAAGAAGCAUGAGUGAUAACUGAAUUUCCUCAUGACAGAAGGAACUAAAA